UUGCACUACAGACCCCUCAAAAAAUUUGAUGAAUCGCCCUCUUCAAGUUCGAUUAGCCCAAUUCCUUCUCCAAGAACGACCCUCGAAUCUCCUCUCUCCACUUCGACUCUUCCAAGUGCACUCUCUUCUCAUCACCACAGGCCUCCAAUCUCAGCACCCAUCAACUCUCCUCUCUCUCCUUAAGCUCUAUCUCUCUCACCCCUCAACUCUCGCCCAUGCCACCAGUCUUUUCCACCGAAUCCAAGAACCCAGUAAAUGGAAUCUCAUGAUCAGACAUGCAUCAGCUACAAGCCCUUUAAGGGCACUGUUUUUGUUCCAAGAAAUGCGGGCUGAUGUGGUAAGUGCCAAUGGAAGCCCACCUUUUCGUAGCGACCCUUUCAUUUAUGCUUCUUUGAUUAAAGCUUGUAGUAAAGCUCAGGCGUUUCUUGAAGUGUAUUCAGAGACAUGCCGACGAAGGAUUUGAUUUCAUGGAAUGCUAUGAUUUGGGGGUAUGUUGAUAGUGGUAAUUGUUCAGAAGCAUUUGCCUUGUUCAGGAAAAUGAGGAUUGAAGACGUAGGAGUUGAUAGAGUGUCUUUCAGUUGCUUGUUGUCAGCUUGUGCCGCUUGCAAAGAUCUUUGCUUGGGCAGGAUGAUCCAUGCUCAUGUCAAAUCUAUUGGGCUGGGAUCUGAUGUUUCUGUAGGGACAGCCCUGAUUAACUUGUAUGCAAAAUGUGGAAAAGUGGAGUUGGCUAGGAAACUUUUUGAUGAAUUACCAAAGGAAAAUAUUGAAUAUUGGAAUUCUAUGAUACAUGCAUAUGUUGAAAAUGGACUUGCUGGAGAGGCUCUAAAGCUACUAGAUCUAAUGAAGUCCAGAGAUUUAGAACCAGAUGAAGUAACCAUUCUGGGAAUAAUUAUGGCUUGCCGUGAUACAGGGGAACUGCAUCAGGGUAUUCUUGUCCAUUCUAUUUUGGAGAAUAAUGUACUCUUAAAACGAAGUAUAGUUUUGGGAAAUGUUCUUAUUGAUAUGUAUGCAAAAUGCGGGAGCAUGGCAAAAGCUAGAGCUGUUUUUGAUAGGAUGCCGCAGAAAGAUGUCAUCUCAUGGACGUCAAUGAUAGUGGGUCAUGCCAUAAAUAGUGAAGGAGUUAAAUCUCUGGCUACUUAUAGACACAUGUGUGCCAAGAAAUUCAUUCCUAAUUCUGUUACCUUCAUCGGGGUUCUAUCAGCAUGUGAUCAUGCUGGUCUGGUUGAUGAAGGAAGAAGAUUGUAUGAUGUUAUGCGUGAAGUGUACCAUAUCAAACCGCAGAUUGAGCAUUGUGGCUGCGUAGUUGACAUGCUUGCUAGAGCUGGAAAAAUUGAAGAUGCCCAAAUGUUUAUUCGAAAGAUGCCAAUGGAACCGAAUGCACUUGUUUGGAGAAUGCUAAUAAAUGCAUGCAGAGUUCAUGGAUACAUUAAUCUUGGAUUGAACUUAGUUACUGGCAUAGCAGAACUAAACACUUCCUAUGACUCUGCAGAUUCUGUAAUUUCCUCCAAUAUAUAUGCUGAAGCCGGAAGAUGGGGUGAAGUUAUUUCUCAUAGAAGUUUUAUGGUUGUUCGGAGAGUUCCUAAAAUGGCAGGAAAAAGCUCUGUCUCUUAUCUGACGGAGUGAUGUGAGUCUGACGGAAAGAUUUCAGUCAGUUGACUCUU